AUGCACCGGGAACACAUGGCAGACCCCGUCGCCGCCACCUACGGCCCCGUCGCCGCCACCUGCGGCCCCGUCGCCGUCACCUGCGGCCCCGUCACCGCCACCUGCAGCCCCGUCGCCACCACCUGCGGCCUCGUCGCCGUCACCUGCGGCCCCGUCGCCGCCACCUGCGGCCCCGUCGCCGCCCCCUGCGGCCCCGUCACCGCCACCUACGGCCACGCAGCCGCCACCUGCGGCCCCGUCGCCGCCACCUGCGGCCCCGUCGCCGUCACCUGCGGCCCCGUCGCCCUCCCCUAG